UUAGGACCAGGGCCUCAGCCGUUACGAGGCAUGUCCGGAUUCCCCGCGCCACAGCAAGCACAAGCUCGAAAUGCGACAUUGGCUACAGCACGAUUGCCUAACGGAAAAACCGGUGGCGCAGCUAAUUGGAACUUCAAUCUUCCCGGAACAUCAACUCUUCAAAGCACCCAGCAACGCACCAUGGGUACGAUGGGCAGCUUUGCACAAAGUCUGGGUGGUUCCCAACCAGCGACAGCACUAGAUCUUUCCGAGUUCCCCUCUCUUUCUGGCGCAUCGCAGCAAUCACAAUCCCAGAACCCCGUGUGGGCCAAUGCGAGUCAACGAGCGGCGCAACAUACCCCCGUCCAGAGGCAACAGCAUCCUCCGACGUCGCAACCCCCUUCACGAGCUUCUCAGACCCAACAGCUUCCCGUACAGCAACCGUCCCAGCCUCCCCACGAUGAUAUGUUCCCUUCCGGUGCCCAAUUUGCGAAUCGAUUGGACGAUUUUAGGAACGGAGGACAAGGAAUCAGCAGCCAGAUUGGGGCUGGAAGUCAGCCUCAAACGGGCAACAUCGACGAAUUCCCACCUUUAGGGCGCAAUGUGGGCAAUGUUGGCAACGUUGCCGCUGAGCUGGCACAGGAACGUCGGACUUCCUUGAUGCAAGGUGCGGGCUUUGGCGCUUACAAUUCUGGUAUUGGGACAUCACGGUCGCCCGUCAACCAAGGGCCUAAUGGGGCGUUGGGGCAGGAGAAAGACGACCUAAACAACACCCUCAUGUCGGGUCAACGCAACUUCAGCGACCCGCAACAGCAAUUGCAACAGCGGCAACAGCAGGCAAAUGAGGGUCAAGAAGCUUCCGCCGCUGCUCAAAGUGCGGAGCAACCUCCUCUGGCCCAGAUGAGCGAGCUGGACCGGUUCGGGCUCAGCGGGCUCCUGCGUAUGAUCCAUAGCGAAAGCCCCGACGUGGCCAGUCUCGCUGUCGGACAGGACUUGAUGACUCUUGGUUUGGACUUGAAUCAGCCCGAGCCUCUCCACACUUCGUUCGCGUCGCCCUUCGUGUCCUCUAUGUCCGCCGUUCCAUUAGAACAGGACUUCUCUCUGCCUUCAUGCUACAAUGUCGCCAACAUCCAACCUCUCUCGUCAAGAAUCCCCGGGUUCAGCGAUGAGACCCUUUUCUACAUCUUCUACAGCAUGCCACGGGACAUCAUGCAAGAGUUGGUCGCGGAAGAGUUGAUGGGACGCAAAUGGCGGUAUCACAAGCUUGAGCGAUGCUGGUUGACCCGUGACGAGACGUAUCCUGGCCCUGUUGACGUGGAACGUGGCGUGAGCGAGCGUGGAGUGUAUCUUCUUUGGGACCAUGCUAGCUGGAAGAAGAUUCGGCGCGAGUUUAUCCUUCGAUACGAAGAUUUGGACAACCGGCUGGACGCCAACCGCAAUAUGAGCCGCGCUGCAGUCGGCCAGACGCAUGCUUCAUGA